AUGACGCGUUUCUUCUGCUGCGGUAACUACUUCCCAGGCUACCCUUGCUAUGGGACCAACUUCCACAGGACCUUCCGAGCCACCCCCCUGAACUGUGUUGUGCCCCUGGGCUCCCCGCUCCACGGCGGCUACGGAUGCACCGGCUACGGCUCCCUGGGCUACAGCUUCGGCGGCAGCAACGCCAGCAACCUGUGCUGCGGGUACGGCGGCAGCUGCUGCAGGCCGUGGGGCUCGGGCUCGGGCUUCGGCUACAGCACCUACUGA